UUAAAUUGCAAGGAUAUGUAUCAGUAAUUUAAAAAUGAAUCUGGAAAGUUUUUUCAUAAUAUUUUUUGUGUGAUUGUUUUUUAUUUCUUUAUUACACAUUAUACUGGAAUAUUCGCAAACAUGUCAGAUUAACGUAUUCGAACCCUCUUUGGACAUAAAAAUGAUCGGAGUUUGCAAAAAAUGGACUUUAAUAUUGCAAUUUAAGUCAUAAAAGUUUUAAAUCGUGAAAAUGGACCACGGGUCAUCGUUAAUGACAACGGUUACUCGGUCAAGAUGCGACGACUUACGAGGUUUCCUGACCACAGGAAAUGUCUGAGUGACGAAUACUUACACUUAAACAUGGAUAAUUGUGUACGGGGACUGAAAGAGGAAUUAGAGCCAUUAAAUUUGCAAUUAUCCCACGGAGAACCACAUGGUCACCGGAAGUUUGAAAAGAUUCAACCACGCAUGAGCUCGUCUUCGUUCCACUCCCCUGACCACUUCCGGUCGGAUGUAGGCCUACACUCACCCCACCACAGUCCUCAAAUCUACCCCGUGCAAAUGUAUCCAUUAUUUACAGGUCACAACGGGCCACGCGAUGAUCAGGUGGAAAAUAACCUCAAGGAGAAACGUAAGAACUUUUCAACAUCACGUGACAGCUCGGGCAGUCACCAUAACCAGUUAAAUGAAGCUGAAGAGGCAGCGCCGUCGAAGGGGAAAUUGUCGAUAACCUCGAGAAUGUCGAUUAUUAUUGUUGGACUGCUUGUUAUUCUUUGCUGCGUUGUAUCUUUUGCCGCCCUGAUCAUGAACAUCCGUCACCAAGUCACGAUUUCAAACCUGCUCACGACGACCGAGACUUUGCGCAGUGCGCUUGCGAAGGCGGAAGAUCGAUCGAAUUUGUGUCUGCCGUGUGCGGAUCUUUCGUUGGGGCCAUUCCCGGAAAAUACACCGGGACUCGAUGAGCUUCUGAAACGCGAUGAAGACGGGCAUCACAUUUGCUGUGCAAAAACGUCUCACCAAACGUCAGUGUUCCUGAAUUUGUUCGCAAAAAGAAAGCAGGAGGAAAAAUGUGCUCAAGAGUUAAUCAACUCGGAGACCAAGCCGUCUGCAUUGUGCAAUCCUUCCGGUACUGCUGGCUCUCCGUCCAUUCCCACAAAUGGUAACUCAUUCGGCAACAUAUCAGCGCACCUGCAGGCCGGGACGCAGCCGUCAAAUCUAGUCGGAGACGUUCCGAUCCGGAAUUGGAGUAUCGGCCCGGUCGCGCCUGGAACUCACCUCACCAACAUACAGCUCUCCCAUGACAACCAUUCCCUAGUCAUUCCGGAGUCCGGCCGCUACUUCCUGUACAGUCAGGUCGGUUUCCUCAUCUACUACAAGCAAGACCAGCAAGACACGCUGCUUGAUCCGCAGGAUCGCUCGCAGUCGCUGUUCCACUCCGUCUACCGUUACAACGUCAUCUAUCCCUUGGGCGACCAGGAACUGUUGCGAAGUGACGUCACACAGUGCUGGGAACAGAAGAAAGACUACGGACGGUACACGAGCUACGUCGGCGCCUCAGUCCAACUCAAUAAGGGCGAUCUGAUCUAUGUUAAAGUCUCUAAAAUCCAACUCCUUGCCCAGGGAGAAGCCGGAGUAACAUAUUUCGGUUUGUUCAAGAUAGGUUGAGAACCAAUAGAUGACAUUUCCAAGGGUUUUAAUCUAUUGUCAUGUGUUCAUAUUGACAAACGGGCUUCCAAUCAUUUUUGACAUUGUGCUUUAUAUGGGCUGGUUCCCAAAGUGAUGGAACGUUCGCUGGUUUUCUAAUAUAUACUGUUUCUGGUUUGUUGGUUAUUUACAUUUCGUCAGCUCGAAGCCUGUUGAGGACAGGAAUAUUCCCGACCUGACUGAACGUGUCUCGUAAAAAGCAGCCACGCCGGGAGUUAAGCAUAUCCGGUCACGUGCUCAGUAGCGUCCGAACUUCAUGCGAUAAUACCGUCGUUGCAUAUCUCGUCACGUCCGCUAAAGAGACCAUAUUCUUGGAAUGACACUGGUAUGACAUGUCCGGUCACUUGCCUGCUGAACAAACAAUGCAAUAUUCGGUACAAGACAACUAUCCACCGGGUGAGAAUAUACAGAUCGUCCUAUUAUGGUUCGCGUUCUUUGGGACAUUGCAGACGCGAUGGUAACCAGUACGAUAGAACUUAUAAUACUUAGUGAACAUUCUGCUCCGUCGAAGCGAGAAAUGCCAAAUGAAUGACUUUACCAAGUGCCUUUUGAGAAACAAUGAUGCCAUACUACAUAAGUUUUCCAUUUUUAACUGUUGCUCAAAUUUAAAUGUUGUGCAAAAUUGUGGACAUUCAUUGAUCCGCGUCAUGCGAAAUGGGGUCUUAUGAGAUGUGAGGCCAGCAUAGCUCUAGACAAGCCUUCGCAAUCGCGUAGUUAGGUCAGGGGCUUCCGCGUCCGCAUUUGGCGUAAGAUCCAUUUUCGCAUGACGCGUCUCAGAUAUGUAUAUAGCUUGAUAAAUAUUUUAUAAGUUUAUUUAUGUAUUUUAGGUAAGCUACCUGUGAUAUAUUUUUUCAGUGUUGCUACGAUGCUAUGUUGUGCUUCUGUUAUUGAAAAAUGUGAUUUUAUUGUGUUCAAUGUUAAAAUGUUACAAUGGUCAUAUACGAAUUUUCAGCUGAAGUCGUAUUUCACGCAUAUAAAAUAUGCAUACAUCUAUGAACAUGUUUGUAUAUGUUCUAUUUAUUCAAACUCAUUACAUUCAUAGUGUACACGUUUAUUUUGAUAAAGUCCUUAAUAUGUUGAACAUUUUAAUUAUUUCAAAACCAUUUGUAAACAUAAUUAUAAUUUGUUUUCAAAAAUGUACUAGCAUGAAGUAAAUCAAACAUGUUUUACAUGCAUAUUUCGUUCGUAAUCAACAGUAUAGAAGCAUUAUUAAAAAAAGCAUCUUUCGAAUCGUGUUAUACAUGGUUGUGUUUAUGAUUAUUAUGUUAUAUUCUUGUAGAUAACUUAUCACGGAUUCAAAGACGAUAAUUAUAUUGUGAGAAUUACUAAGCUGUUUGCUGUACAUUUAUUCAAAUAAGCAAAAUGCAUAUUGGGGUAAGAUAAUAAAGGGAGUAGUGUCAUUUAAGUAACAGCAUGUAUUCUCGCAUUGAAUACAUAAAAAUACGAGAUAUCUGGCGUAACUAAAUAUAUAAAAGUGAACAAUUGUUGUUAACUACUAGUAUUUGGAUGACUAUUGAGUCGUGUUUUGAGAAAACUGAGCAUAAUGCAUGUGCGUAAAGUUUCGUCCCAGAUUACCCUGUGCAGUCCGCACAGGCUAAUCAGGGACGACACUUUCCGCCUAAAUUGGAUUUUUGCUAAGAAGAUACUUCAUUUAAACGAAAAAUGUCAUAAAAGCGGAAAGUGUCGUCCCUGAUUAGACUGUGCGGACUGCACAGGCUAAUCUGGGACGACACUUUUCGCACAUGCAUUAUGCCCAGUUUUCUCAGAACGCGACUCAUUUGCUCAGUCUCAUGUCAACGUGCUUAGCAAAGAUUAACAAGAAACAAAGUAUCGUUUUCAAUACUAAACAUUAUGGAUGAAAAUACUGUACAUCUAUGUCACGAGUCGUGUUUUGAGAAAACUGAGCAUAAUGUAUGUGCGUAAAGUUUCGUCCCAGAUUACCCUGUGCAGUCCGCACAGGCUAAUCAGGGACGACACUUUCCGCCUAAAUUGGAUUUUUGCUAAGAAGAUACUUCAUUUAAACGAAAAAUGUCAUAAAAGCGGAAAGUGUCGUCCCUGAUUAGACUGUGCGGACUGCACAGGCUAAUCUGGGACGACACUUUUCGCACAUGCAUUAUGCCCAGUUUUCUCAGAACGCGACUCAUUUGCUCAGUCUCAUGUCAACGUGCUUAGCAAAGAUUAACAAGAAACAAAGUAUCGUUUUCAAUACUAAACAUUAUGGUUGAAAAUACUGUACAUCUAUGUCACGAGUUUUAUUGAGACUUGUCGAUUUUGAUUAAUAUUGACAACAUUUAUCUACGCUAAUUAAAUUAUGAAUUCUUAUUUUUCGAUUUUACAGUUUUGUUGGCAAUAAAAGAAAUGAUAAUUCAUGUUAUGUAAAUUACGUUAUGUUUAUUUUUGUAUGUAUUUGACUUUUUGUAUAACAAAAAACUCAAAUUAAAUCAAUAAACAUUAAACAAAGUU